ACAAAAACACCAAUGCGGAAAGUCGCCAGGUACACGUUUUGUUUUGUUUUGCGAGGACGUGAACUUUAAAAUAUACAUGCUGACAUUAACAGGUGAUAGAACAAAAGAUUAUUUGGAAGGAAAUCUUUCAGGAAAUUUCAGCUAGCUGUACUUACUAUUCUAAAAACUGUAAUGCAUUCGAUAGCUUGCAGAAUUAUUAUGAAUGCUGUAGAAGUCACCACGAAGACCAAUGUACUUUGGACGUCACCGUUGUUCAGUAGAAUUCCCAGGGAAAUAAACAAUAAGUAUUUCAGUAGGUCGAGUAAUACCGAAGAGGGCCAAGGAGCAGGUGCCACGGUGCGGAAUGUGGUGUCGGAAAAGUGGGGGUCCGUGCUGGCCGUCGGGAUAAACCGGCCGGAGGUGCGCAACGCGGUAAACCAGGAGACGGCGAGGCUUUUGUUCGAGGAGCUCUCCGCCUUCGACAGCGACCCCGCCCUCUCGGUGGCCGUGCUCCAUGGCGUUGGAGGGAAUUUCUGUGCUGGUUAUGAUCUGAAAGAGUUGGGCCAUCACUCUGCCUCCCUCAAAUUGGAACAAGAUGUCGCCAAAGGUCCUGCUCCUAUGGGCCCCUCCCGCAUGCAGCUGUCCAAGCCGAUGAUCGCGGCGAUUAGCGGCUACGCUGUAGCUGGUGGGCUGGAGCUGGCCCUGCUGGCCGAUCUGAGGGUGGUGGAGCAGAGCGCCAUCAUGGGGGUGUUCUGUCGCCGCUUCGGCGUGCCCCUGAUCGACGGAGGGACGGUUAGGCUGCCCCGUCUCAUUGGCCUGUCCCGGGCCCUGGACCUGAUUCUGACGGGCCGGCCCGUGGCUGCACAGGAAGCGCUGGCGUUUGGGCUGGCCAACAGAGUGGUCCCAGACGGGCAAGCUCUCCAGGCGGCUCUGGAGCUGGCCGAGCAGAUCAGCUCCUUCCCCCAGCAGUGUCUCCGAGCCGACCGCUCGUCUGCCUGCUACAGCGCCUUCGAUGCCCCGUCCUUCUCCCAGGCCAUGCAGUACGAGUUCCACAACGCCACGCCCGUCAUCCAGGCCGAAUCCAUCGCCGGGGCCGGCAGGUUCAACUCCGGAACGGGCCGCGGAGGGACGUUCUCCUGAGGCGCUUUGCCAAACACUUCCUUUGCCGGCCAUUUUCCACAUAAUAGAGUUCCCAGAGAUGAAUGCUCUGUGGGACCAUCUUUUCCUGUUAAGUGGGUAAUGUCAGGCUACACUGAGGACAGUGACAGAGUUACCUACAUUACAUUACAGUUAUCUAGCUACUGAUUUUAUCCAAAGCGACAUGCAGGGGCCAACCCUCCUGGACCUUGCUCAGGGGCCCAACAGCUGUGGCUACACCGGGGCUUCAACCACCAACCUUCCAGGUCCCAGUCUAAGUCAAACAACUUAGUUACUAGGAUAUAGGCUCCCAGCAGGCCACACUGCAGACAGAUUCCAUGAUUUACAGUUGAUUAGAGUAAGCAGGAGACAAUCCUCCCUGGAACAAUGUGGGGUUAAAUGCCUUGCUCAAGGGCCCAACAGCUGUGUGGCUCUUAUCGUGGCUGCAGCCGGACUUGAACCACCAACCUUCCUACCUUAGCCACUAGGCCACAGGCUGCCUGUAUAUGGUGAUUAUUGAACUGAAAUUAAUCUGAUUCUAUGCACUCUAAAGCAGUGUUUCUCAGUUUUUGUUUAGAACAGCUCUUCAUGUGUGUUUUGCUAGUUAUGGAUUUGAUGCUUUUAACUUGUGGAAGAACCUAUGUACUUGUAAGUCACUUUGGAUUAAAAGUGUCUGCCAAAUCACAAAAAUGUUAAUGUAAAAUGUAAACUCGGGACUCACUUGCCAGAAAAAAGGUUUUUGUUGUUACAUUACAUUACAUUACAUUACAUUACAUUACAUGGCAUUUAGCAGACGCUCUUAUCCAGAGCGACGUACAAUGAAGUGCAAAUCAAACACAAGUAUGAGUGCUAAGAGGACCUGAGAGGACAGUACAGUUCCGAGUCCUAGUGUAAACAUACAGAUAAUCAGAACCCUUGAAGAGAACAAUCAACUUCCAAACUAGCAUACCACAGUUGGCAGCUAGAAUACCCUGAAUAAAACAAUACAACAGCCAAUAAAAAACAUCAAUAUCUAUACAAUCUAUACAUAAGUGCCAUUACAGUC